AUGCGAACCGUCUUGAGAAUUGUUGUUCAGGUAAUGAACUUUUUUAUUGUUUUCUAUUUUAGCUUUGAAGCUUUCUAUCAAAAAUUGCAUUCUAUGAAUUGCAUGCAAAACUAGCCGGGCAAAAAUACGUUUCGAAAUUUUCAUAUAUUAGUAAAGGCCGAUUGAUCAAAUAGUUUGCCAUGCAAUUCGUGGAGUUACCAGUGAUAUUUUUGGAAACCAUUGCAAGUGAUGGACUCAUUCCAAUACAAGUUUGAACAUAUUGACUAGGUCCCGUAAAAUCAUUAAAUCCCGAAUAUUCAGACAAAUUUGGUAAUUCACGUAUUAUCUUUCCUUCGUCAAGGUAAUUCCGAUUUACGAUCAAUUUACGAGAACGAAAACAUGAUUCCGAUUUUUGCAUGGAAAAAUUAUCGAUAUUUCAAAAUCAAUAAUUAUCCAAUUAAAGGUGUUUUAUCAAUACAAAGACAACAUUUAUCAUUUUCAAGGAUUUGUGAUAUUUAUUCUGAUGCGGAAUUUGAAGAAGCUAUGAAAUUGCCCGAAUAUGAACCAUGGGAGAAUCGAAAUCAAGAAGAAAAUAUAGAAAAUGUGGAAUAA